ACUUUGUUAACGUAUUUGACGUUUGCGCACCUGACGCGUUCCUCCCUCUGGUGUAAAAAACUUACUUCAUAUUAUAAGUUAAAUCUACACACGGACGCUCUCGAACCUCUCCACUAAUUAACUUACGACGCCAGCCUCCUCUCUUUUUCCAAUUGCUCCCUAUUUCCAUUCACUUACUCGUCUUUUGCAUGAUACGUCCACCAGGUUGCGGUCUCUUCCAAGUUUGCAGGUCAAUUUGCCUGCCACCAAUUGCACAAUGACCAAGUUGCACAAGCAGCCUCCACCGGCCUAUACAGGUAGACCGAAUUCGACGAUCACUCUUCAGUCCGCAGUACCUUAUGAGAGUCUGCCGCAGUCUACACAGCAACCUGUCCCAGUGACGACUGCGCCGACCACUGCUUCCAACAAUGAAUUUGCGCCGACCAAUCCAUUUUCUAAUGCAUUCUCACCUCAAUCAGGUCCAACCAAUGGACAAUCUUCCCCCUUUUCGCCGGUGUCACCUAUCGCCGAAUCGCAACCCAUACAACGACAAUCGCAAUCACAAAGCCUUGCGCCAACUUCACAGCGAGGAUCGGGGGACUUGCAACGUGUAGACGAAGAGCCGUACCCAGAAACCAACGUAGCACCAAUGCCCCGAAAGCCGGUUAGGGUAGCCAAAGACAUGCACGACGGGGCUCUACCCCCCGUGUAUAGGCGACAGGCGUCAGAUAAUAUCCCUCCGGCGGAACUCGCCCAGGCCUUGUCAAGUGCUCAGGGAUUGUCCAGUGUUCAGGGAUGCAGGAAGUGUGGAAAGAAAUUGGGGGAAGGACAUACCAAUUGUGGUCAAUGCGGCAAGCGUAAGACGAGCGGGUCAGCAACUACUACACCUGCUGCUGCGACUCCCGCUGCUCAUACGAGGAACCCAUCUGAGGAGAUAACGUCUCACCAGUCGAGACCGUCGGAAAGCACCACCGCAGGACCGUCUAGUUCAGCAGGCUCGUCUCCAGGAAGAUCAUGUUGCAACAAAUGUGGCAGAUACAAACGACCAAGCUCUCUCGCCAGCCAGCAGUCUUCUCCUGAACAAGGCCGGUUCUACGCUGCCAGAGAGCCGAUGCCGAUGGCGAGUCAUCCGGCUAUGAGAGCUUACCAGGCUGGUCUUUCCAUUCAGCCAGUCACGGGCCCACCUCGAAAUUCGGUAUAUCCACAAAUCGACGUGAUUCCACCGUCCGCCACCACGUACAGAAACUCGCUCAAGUCUCCAUUCACGUUCAACGAAGAUGAUACUCCUCUGGUCAACAAGCCGAUCGCGGAACGGACCCCGUCCCGCAAUAGCUCCUUGAUCCGUUCUUUGUCCCGCAGAUUCAGCAGAAAGGACAAGAACAAAGACAAGGUUUAUCCACAACCUCUCCCUAGCCAACAACUUGCGACCAACGAAAAUCAAUCCGGUGAGCAAAGCGCGGGAAGACUGAUCAACAUGAUCAGCAGCGCCAUGCAAGGACCGGUCAACGACCGUGACGCAAACUACUCGAGGCUCGGCGAGGGCGAGCAAGACGAUCGUCCGAUGACUCCAUUCUCUUUCGUUGACGGCAAGGACGAGCAAAAUGCAUUCGAAAUGGUCGACCUGCGCGAGCAAGAAGAGGAAUCUGGCCAAACAAGCUUGAAGGCGGUAGUCAACCAUGCCGUUACCAUUACUCCGGCCGAAGAAUAUCCUCCGGUCCUGCAGGACACGAUUGAUGUUAUUUCCCGACCUAGAACUGCGGAGGCUACAGGUCAGAACUUGUCAGUACCUGGCGCCGACAGACCGCAGAUUACCAGGUUCAAAAGUUUGAGAAGUGGUGUUUCGAGGAUGAAUAGUACUGUCAGCCGAUCUACAAGUCUGAAGAGAUUGGGAAGUUUGAAAACAGUUCAUCAUAAUUGGUACAGGGAUGAUAUGGCAAUUGAGGGUGCUACGGGAGAGCAUAUGGUUGCUGCUUUUUAAGCCGGUAAUGUUUAGUACCGGGUAUGAGUCUACGUGAAUCUUAGCGAUACCAAUUUGAUUGCUUCCAUGCGUCUA